GGGUUGACGAGUGCACUCCGGGUUAUCAAAUCAAGUUUCAGUUAUACGGUGUUCUUGACUGUGCGUGGUUUUGAACUAUCAUGUGGUUUUGUUGAUUUGGAAUAUUUUAGAUAUACGAAUACCUAUAACACAAUGGAACAAAUCAGCAAGUACCUCAUAAUCAUCACGUCGCUAAUGACCGUCAAAUUGACCGUCACCGAGAGCAAAAACGAGACGAAGCCCAAAAUUGAUAGACGGCACUACCAAAUGCCAAUCUUCAUCAACGUCUGCGACAUUGUCGAUAGACGUUCGAAAGUACAUUGCUACUGCGACAGUAAUAAGCCUAAAAUGGCGACUCGAGCGGAUUGCUGGAUAUUCGGCGGUGGAUUAACUGAGGACGACUCGAUAUGGCCAAGUUUUUCAUCACAAUCCGAAAUAGAACAUCUCAUGUUCAAUGUUCGUACCGAUGACGCGUUAACAUUUAUUCCAGCGAAAGCUGUCGUUCGACUCGACAGACUUAAGCAUUUAUCAAUCCAAUUUGGGACAAUCAAAACUAUACAUCCCUAUGCAUUUACUAAUUCUUCUACUUUGCGUCAAAUUGUAUUGAAAUCGAACAAAAUAACAAAUUUAGAAAAACAUUCUUUCUCGCAAAUGAUGAUGCUGUCAAACCUCAGUUUAGAUGAUAACCAAAUAUCUGAACUAAAAACUGACGUAUUUUUUAAUUUACCCAACCUCCAUAUUUUACAUUUAUCGAAUAAUAAUUUAAGCUUACUGCACGAAGGUUGUUUCAAGCACUUAAAUAAUUUGAUUGAACUAAAACUAGAUAACAAUUAUAUAUCAGUAGUAAUUAGGGAAAUGUUAGAGGGCUUGGAAAAUCUUUCGCGAUUAAACUUAAGAAACAAUAAGAUAAAUAUGAUUGGAAACUUGGCAUUUAGUGAGUUGUGGGGUUUGAAAGAAUUGAUGUUAGAUAACAACGCUAUAGAAUAUAUAUCCGAGAGAGCGUUUGGGGGACUAACGCAAUUGAGAAAGUUGACGCUGUCGGGGAAUAAACUGACAAGUUUUUACGAGGACAUACUUGAAGAUAUAAGAAGUCUCAUCGUGUUGGAUCUAAGAGACAAUCUUUUGACGACGAUAUCGUACGAAACAAUACGACCUGUUGUAGAAAAUGACAAAUCCCUUUCAUCUGUGGUUUAUUUAGACGGUAACCCACUCAACUGUAACUGUCGUCUAUCCUGGAUAUAUGUUCUGCGUAAUGAAACUCAAGACAAUACAAUGAGACAUGCCCUCGAAAAAAUAUCCUGUGUUCCCGACCCGGCAAACGAUAGACGACUCAGUGAGGCGAAAGAUGAAGAAGUAGAUAAUGGUAAUGUCUUAGCUGACGACAACUACGAAUAUUACGAUAAAAAUGAUGAUUAUAACAACGAUAAGGAAAAACCGAAAGCGAAUAAAGCAAUUAAAUUGACAGAUAUCUCCUUAGAGACACUACCUUGUCCAAAGGAAUUAAUGCAGUCGAUUGAAGAAACUUACGGCCACCCCGUACAGAAUGAGAUUAGAUUGAAAGCAUUUUCUAAUGUUGGGAGAGAUUUGCCUAGCUUCCUUUUCAUUGCAACGUUGCUGAUAUUAUUUUAAAUUGGAAUAUUUGAAUGACAAAAACAAUGUUUGUGAUAUUAGAUUAACAUUUCGCGUAUCUGUAUUGUCAAUAGUUAUGGUUAUUUAAUCUUGUAAAAAUUGUAGAAAUUUAAGUGUUAAAAUAGGCUAAGCAUUUUUGUUCUUCAUAGACUAUGUAAGGAAAUUAACAAUUUCAAAAUUUAUUGUACAUAAAAUUCAUAUCUCGAUAUCAAAAUAAAAAAAAAAAAACUAUAUGCGAUUGUAACUUUUAUUAAUGUAAAGUGUUAGUAGUAUGAUUUUUUAUAGAUUGGACAGUUAAGUGAGUUGUCAUAUUUAUUGUACAGUGAGUGUGCAAUAUAUUAAUAAAAGAAAAUUAUAGCGAGCAUGUCUACGUUGUAUGUGGAUGUAUAUGACACACAAUAAUGACAAUAGUUUGUAUUGUACACGUGUGCCUUACAAUAAUGGCAGCCGUGCGUAAAUGUAGUCAAUCAAAAGCAAUGAAUCAUACUAUUAACAAGAGGUCUCUAUUAUAUGUUGUUCACAACAUAUUGUUAAAUAUUAACGUGUUUAUAAAUACGCACUUGUUUGAAGUAACUUUCAUAACAUUCCGAUUCUUAGAUGUAUCAGUCGUUGCAGUUUGAUAUUAAAAAUACAAUAUACUCGUUGAUAUGUUACUAAAUCAUAUGCCAAAAAUACAUACAAUAUAACGUAAAUGUAAUUAUAAAUAUUUAAUAUUAAAUUUUAUGCGCUUGCUUUUAAAUGUGUAAAAUAAAUCUUUAGUCAUUUCUAGUUAUUUUUUAGAAGAUAAUUUUAGUAACUACUAUGACUAUUUUUUAACCACGAAUUCCAUGUAUUUAUCAUCCCAUGCUUCCAUGUUUGAGUAUUUUAAAUAAUUCCCACAUAAAUGCAAGCCUUUAAAAUAUAUUCUAAAACUGAAAGAUUAGCUUUUAAAUUAUUUAUGCCGUUAACGUUCUGGAGAAGGAAAGUAGUACUUCUUGUGGAUCAAAUUUUUACACACCAUAUAACUUGAGCAGGAACGAGCUUAAUAAUAAAUGAAAUGUGAAAACUUUUGUCACGAUCCCGUGCUUAAGUGAAAAUAUGUUCGUUCGCUGCAAAUAUUUUAAAGGCUAACGAAAUUGUAAGCCCAUAUAAAAAUCAUAUAACCCCGUCCCUCCGUGGAAUUUACGUGUCACAUUUUUAGCUCGUAUUUAAUAUACGCUCCACACUCAUUCCAUUAUCACGGAUUUUUCUUUACCAAUAUAUGGUUUUUAAUGAGAAUCGUGAAAUGAAAAAAUAUAUAUUUCACAAUUGUAAAGAUAUGUUAGAAUAAAUGGUUGCGUGUUAUGAUUAUUUUUUUAUUUAUUUAGUGGUAUGUAAACAUCGUUCGUGAACAUCAAUUGAAAACUCAGUGGCUCUCGGCCCCUAUUUAUAUCAAUAUAUGAACAAAAUCAUACAUAAACAUUCUGAUAAUUAAAAAUUUUAUUAUAAAUAGCGAUUUUCGCUUUAUACGUUUCAACUAUCAUUUUUUAAUAUUAACUCGUAUAAAGUGUGGAAUAUAGAUGUAUAUUAUUUAUGAACGCAACGAAUUGUACAAACAAAAUAUAUUUAUUCUUACCUAUAGGUCUCAUGUAAUUACAGAUGUUGUGGAUAGCUCAGAAUCUGUUGUAAUAAAUAUUUCUACACGUA